GCCCUGUUACACACAUUUGUCUUUCCUACUUUCCAGCAAUACUUGAAGUGCACAGAGACACUGUACCAUGCUGAACUGGAAGCUGUUGACUUUAGGAAUGCUCUAGAAGAAACCAGAAAAAAAAUUAACACCUGGGUGGAAGAACAGACCAGUGGUAAAAUCAAAGAGUUGUUCACAGAGGGCAUUCUAGGUUCAAACACUGUCCUGGUGCUGGUCAAUGCUAUCUACUUUAAAGGAAAGUGGACUUCAGAAUUUAAGAAAGAAGACACCAAGGAAAGACCUUUCAGGUUAAACAAGAAUCAGACCAAGAAUGUGCAGAUGAUGUUUCAGAAUGGCUACUACAAUCUGGCCAUCAUAGAGGAACCUGAGAUUCAAGUGCUCGAACUCCCCUACGGUAAUGAAGAAGGAGGAGAACUGAGUAUGUUCAUUUUUUUACCAAAAGAUAUCAAGGAUAACUCCACUGGCCUGGAACAGCUUGACAGUGCACUCAUCUAUAAAAAAUUUGUAGAGUGGACCACGAUGACGAAGAUGCAUAAACAAAACGUGAAUGUGUACCUGCCCCGAUUCAAGAUGCAGGAAAGCUAUGACCUUGGGGAAACUCUGCAGGCUAUGGGGAUGCUCGAUGUGUUUGACCCUUCAAAGGCUGAUUUAUCAGGAAUGAAUGGAAACCGUAAUCUGGCUGUGUCCAAAGCCAUCCAUAAAUCUUACGUGGAUGUUAAUGAAGAGGGCACUGCAGCAGCUGCUGCUACAGGGGUUACAACAAUUUUUACAAGUUCUGGGAUGCCUUGUGUGUUUAAGGCUGACCACCCCUUCCUCUUCCUUAUCAAAAACAAUGUAACCAAGAGCAUUCUCUUUUAUGGCCAAUGUACCUCUCCUUAACUAGAGGGCACUUUGAAACAAUAUAGGAAGACCUACAACCUUGUUGUAGUGAGGAUAAAAGAUAAUAUUUCUCAAGUUUUUUGAAAUUUUGCAAAUUUGAAAUGAGAGAUUUUUAAUGCAAUGGCUUCUAAGAAAAGUCUCCUAAUACAGUGGCCAGCAACCUUUGACAAGCUGUGGCCAAAACCAUACGGCUCCAGUCUGGUGUGGACCAAGUGCCUUUAGCAGCACAUUGGCAGUGGGGAGUUUUUCCUGCGCCCAAGCCAGGGUCAGACAUCUAGGAGCUGUGCCUGUGCCACUGCUUCUCUCAGCCCCCUACCCUCUGGCUGGGGGGGAGAGUGCAGCUUCCCACUGGCUGAAAGCUUUGCCUAUGCUACAACUGAGGGACGGUGGUGGCGAUAAGUGGCAGAGGCCCGGGUGCAGCUAGAAACUGCCCAGCUCUUGCACAACCCCUUGCUGCCUGACCUUGACAUGGGGGCAGGUGCAGGCACAGGCAAAGCUCUCCACCGCCAGUGGUUCUGCAGACUGAAUCUGAAUAUGUUGCUGGCCCCUCUUCUAUUAUGUUAUUGUCUUUUGCCUUUAUAUUGCUUAGAACUUAUUGUCUUUAUAUUGGUUAUUAUAAUGUAACCAAAGCAGCUAUCUCCUAAAUUUGAAAUCAUUUUGGCUCCAUUACGUGUUCUUGUUUCCAUGUGUUUUAAACUGAGGAAAGUCUGAGUAAAUCAGGUGGCCAAGUUGAUGCCCCUGUUCAUACAGAAUGUGGCUGGAGACAUUUCCCACAGUGAGUGAGCUGCAGUCCUAUUUUCUGGCUCCCUGGAGCCUUUCUUAUAGAAAACCCAGUGUUAUGCCUUCCCUCACAUCCUGGCAUUACUCCUCCAAUAUAAUCACAUCAGCACUGCUUUAAAGAAGGGGUGCUUUCAUGUACACUGAAAAUUGGCAACAGAAGUAACUGGAUAAACUCUCAGGUUUA